AUGCGUCGUGUUGUGGUGACGGGACUAGGUGCGGUAACGCCCUUAGGUGUUUUUCCACCGACGGUGAUGCGGCGUGGGACAGAAGUAGAUGCCGAUGAACUCCUGAAGCGACUUGUCAAGUCCAGCAAGCUUGCUGGGCAGCUAAGAGGCUCUCUGGUCCUGCCCAGAAGUGAGCACAGAAGGGCCCUCGGCCAAAAUCUCGAGGGGUGCUAG